CAUGCGAGCUUCGUGACACCAACUGGGUGAAAAUCAGGUCGAUAUAAUCUACGAUGUAAAGGAUUCAGGACGAUUCCACCACAGACGUUACCCUACUUAUCUCAGAGUACGGUAUUUAUGGAAAUUGUGAAGAAGAGGGAAAUGGAAAGCUUCGUAAACCGGAAGUGAUGUCAUCCAACGUCAUCAAUCAUGUGAUUUUCACAAAGAAGAAGUGCUCCUUGGGCGCUCAGACAACACAGUAACAAGCGCUAGAAUAUUCAAGAAGAAGACAACAGUUUAUCAUAUUUGUACAACGACUGGAAAUUUCAACUCCAUUAUUGUAUCUACUACUCUCCGGGGUUUCAUUUUUGACUCAUUUUUCCCGGAAAAUUCGUAUCGUCGUGUCGAUAGAUGAUUGUUCACUUCCUCAAAUGACUGCAGGCUCACAAAGUUGGUUCUCUUCCGAGAAAGCAAGUCAUGGCUUCCUAGCACAUAUGCAACCAUGUUUAGCUACAAUUUAGCUGCUGUAAUCAAAGUAUUAUGCAAACAUGCACGAUGCAUUUGAACAUGCAGUUAUCCUUGAGAAGUUGCCUUUACAAAUAGAGUGCAUCGCUACAUUUGGUGACAAUCUCCUUGUUGGAACAAGGCAAGGGCACUUGCUGCUGUACAGUGUUAAGGAUGGCACAGGAGAUAACAGAUUUGAGGUGGAGCUACGUAGCUCAAACAAGCUAUUCUCAAAGAAGCCUAUUUUUCAGGAGAGAAAACAGUCAUCAGUAUUUGAUCCGUCACCACCUCUUGAACUGAAGUUAUGUGUGGCAGUGAAGAGAAAACUGCAAUUGUAUAAUUGGAGAAAUGGAGAAUUUCAAGAGCUGGAGGAUCUUCUGGUACCAGAUGUAGCUAGAUCAGUGGUGUGGUCAAAGGAGUCCCUAUGUGUUGGCUUUAAGAGAGAGUACUCUCUUAUAAAGACCAGUACAGGUGCUGCGACUGAGUUGUUUUCAACCGGGCGGCACUUGGAACCUACAAUUGCUACUUUGCCAAGUGGCGAGCUCAUCCUUUGCCGUGAUGACAUCAGCAUUAUAACUGACAGUGAGGGAAAGAAGACACAGAAACAGACCUUAACUUGGACAGACACGCCUACAGAACUGGAUUAUGUUGAACCAUACGUCAUUGGUCUUCUUCCUCGUUAUGUUGAGAUCCGAACCAUCAGUCCCCGUGCGCUUAUUCAAAGCAUUGAACUGCCCAAACCUAGAUUCAUCACCCAAGGAAAACACAUGUACGUGGCAUCGACGAGCCACGUGUGGAGACUGAUUCCCGUGUCAAUACCCAUGCAAAUCCAGCAGCUUCUGCACGACAAACAGUUUAGUCUUGCACUGAUGUUAGCAGUAAGUCAUCAGAUGUUUUCUGAGCUAGUUGAGCAGUACUUUCAUGUGGUACUAACUGUGGCCCAUAACAGCACCCAUUGCCAUUAUUGCUGUCUUCACUUUUCAAGUAUGAUGUUUGAAUGUGAUUGGUAUAUUGCAGAUCCAGCACAAGUGAUUGGUCUAUUUCCUGAACUUCUUCCAAGUGAAUUUCGAAAGCAACUUGAGUACCCUGCUCCACCCCCUCAGUUAACAGCUGGGGAGUUGGAGAAAGGCUGUUUAGCUCUGGUGGAAUAUCUGACUCAGAAAAGAAAUGAGCUUAUGAAUUUAAGCACUGACAAAACAGAUGGUGCCCAGAAGGGAAGGAGUAAAACCGAGUCUACAGAAGAAAACAGUAAAGCUGAUAUAAAGGCUCAGAAAAAUAUCAUGCACAGAAGGCAGAUCAUCGACACCACAUUACUAAAAUGCUACUUACAGACAAAUGAUGCUCUUGUUGCACCAUUGUUAAGAUUAAAAGAGAACAACUGUCAUGUUGAAGAGUGUGAAAGGGUUCUAAUGAAAAACAAGAAAUACAAUGAACUGGUGAUUCUGUACCAGACCAAAGGUCUUCACAAGAAAGCAUUGGAUCUCUUGUUAAGACAAGCUCAGAAAUCCAGCGGUUUGCUAAAAGGCCACCAGAGAACAGUUCAAUAUCUUCAGCAUUUAGGUCACGAACAGUUAAAACUAAUUUUUGAUUUUUCCGUGUGGGUGUUAAAAGCUCAUCCUGAUGAUGGCUUAAAGAUAUUUACAGAAGAUUUGCCCGAAGUUGAAGGAUUGCCUCGGGACAAAGUCCUGGCCCACAUAGAGCAGUGUGCUAAGCAGUUAACCAUCAGAUACUUGGAACAUAUAAUCUUCAUCUGGAAUGAAUCAAAGCCUGAAUUUCACAACAAGCUUAUCAACAGUUACCGUGAAAGAGUGCAAGUUUUGAUGAAGGAAUAUUUAGACUCGUUACCUGAAGGUGACGAGCCAUUUCCUCCCGGAAGUGAACCUGGUGAACUGGGCGAGUUAAGAGGAAGAUUACUGUUCCUGUUGGAGACUUCUAAAUAUUAUCAAGCACAGCAUCUGCUGACACACUUUCCAGAGUCUUUCUAUCAUGAACGAGCCCUUUUGCUGGGGAGAGUAGGAAGACACGAGGAAGCUCUCGCCAUUUAUAUCCAUGUUCUUCACGACGCCAAACUUGCAGAAGACAAGGAAAAUUUUGAUUUUGAUUGGUUGUUAGGUGACGAGCCAUUUCCUCCCGGAAGUGAACCUGGUGAACUGGGCGAGUUAAGAGGAAGAUUACUGUUCCUGUUGGAGACUUCUAAAUAUUAUCAAGCACAGCAUCUGCUGACACACUUUCCAGAGUCUUUCUAUCAUGAACGAGCCCUUUUGCUGGGGAGAGUAGGAAGACACGAGGAAGCUCUCGCCAUUUAUAUCCAUGUUCUUCACGACGCCAAACUUGCAGAAGAGUAUUGUCAACGAAACUAUAGUGAAGGAAGGGAGGGAAGCAAAGAUGUGUACGUAUCCCUACUGCGCAUGUACCUGGAGCCAACGGAGGUAGGCGGCAAGGAGAACAUGAAGCCGAACAUUGCUGUGGCACUCAACGUACUUCAAGAGCAUCGACAGAAGAUCAGUACUGCUAAGGCCCUUGAAUUGCUGCCUUCUUCAAUUGAAGUGCGAGAGGUUUACACAUUUUUGCUCAACGUUCUGGAAGAUAAGGAAAAGAAAAGGAAAAAUUGUCAAGUGCUGAAGAGUCUUUUGUUCGCGGAGCAUUUACAGUGUCUUGUUUUUAAGGCCCUUGAAUUGCUGCCUUCUUCAAUUGAAGUGCGAGAGGUUUACACAUUUUUGCUCAACGUUCUGGAAGAUAAGGAAAAGAAAAGGAAAAAUUGUCAAGUGCUGAAGAGUCUUUUGUUCGCGGAACAUUUACAGGUUCAAGAACAGCGUAUGCAUUAUCAAGGCCAUAAAAUCAUUUUGACUGAUGAGAGAGCGUGCCGAGAGUGUCAUAAGAAGAUUGGAAACAGUGCCUUUGCAUACUACCCGACCGGGGAAAUACUCCACUACUACUGCUGCAAAAACCUUACUUCUCCCCCUAGCAGUGAACACACCACCCCCCGGCACAGCCCCACCCCUGAGGAUAAUCUGCUACAGAGAUACUGACCGGGAGUGACGCACUUGAACAGCCACGUGCGCGACAUGCUUCGCUGAAUUUCACCGGAUGUGAUGGCACGUGUCAUUUACUCGCGUUGUUUAUGCCGCGCGCUUAUCGCGUGAUGAGUUGUCAAGAGUCACGUGCGCACGUUAGUCAUGCUGCGUGCGUUUCACAUGUUACCUUACCAAGUUAUUUAGUCUCCCAAAUCGAAAAUUAUUAUGAUUUUCUUGCCGCUCUAAGGUGUUGAGGAUUCUAAAGACCCUUAAUAGAAAGAAGAUUGGGCGUUACUUUAGGAUCAUCCGUAAAAGUGUGCAAAAAAUUACAGGUCUGUACGGUUGUUGUCCGGGAAAUUAGAGAUAUUUUUCGUAUAUAAACUAAAAACAAGUGUACUAAAGAAGUGUAACAUGUAGAAUAUUGAAACAUUCAUAAUCAAAGAAAAAUUGAUAUAAGCCAUGACAUGAUGCUCUCCUUCGUGACUGUCACGCAACGCUUCUGGAGGGUACAAGAGUUGUGUGACGCCCGAAGUAACGGCUGUAUGGGGUCCAUAUUUCAUCAAAUCCUUGUCACAUUUGUCGAGGAUAGUUAGGGAAUUUAAAUUAAAUAUAUAUCAACGUGUU